UUGGACGUUGGUAACAUUCAACGGAUUCAUUUUGUGUUGUUUUUGCGUAAAACGUCAAAUUGGUGUGUGCUUGUUGGAAUAAUUUGAAUAAACUAUUAUUAACGGAGUGACAAAUAAUCGAGGAGUCAUUUCUACAAAUCAUUUCAACGUAACAGAUAAAUUGAGUUGCCUUAAUCAUGCCAUUACAUAGAUAUACUCAUGCUAUUUUGUGUAGAAUCCCUCUUUCCCUGCGAACGAGAGGGGAGGUCACGCUUGACGAGGCUAGAAAGCAACAUUUAGCUUUAGCACAAUUAUUACGAGAACUUGAUAUUGACGUGGUUGAAAUGCCUCCAGACGAAAAUUCACCUCUAUGUGUUUUCGUUGAGGAUAUUGCGGUUAUUUGUAAUGGUAUUGCACUCAUCGCUCGACCAACUGAACCAUCUCGUCUAAAAGAGAUUGAUACUAUUAGAGCUGUAUUAAAAAAAGAAUUAGAAAUACCUUUAAUAGAAAUUGCAGACAAGAAUGCUCGUUUAGACGGAGGAGAUGUUUUAUUUACAGGCCGUGAAUUUUUUGUUGGCUUGUCACAUUUUACAAAUGAAGCAGGUGCACGAGCAGUUGCUGCAGCAUUUCCCGAAUAUCCUUGUGUACCUAUAAAGGUGGGUGAUGGUGGCGAAGAGGUGAUAGUGGAGAGUCUUACCUCAGCCCCUCUUCAGGUUGCAGAAUCCAAACGCUUGAAAUCAUUAGUUACCAUGGCUGGUCCUGAUGUUAUUUGUGUUGGUGCUGGCAAAGAAUGUCAGGAAGUGUUAAAGAGGAUCGAGCGAGAAGCAACAUACAGUUACCAGACUUUAACAGUACCUGAAGAUGCUGCUGCAAAUGUUCUCUAUGUCAAUGGAACUCUCAUUCAUCGAUCAGAGGAUGAAAUUCCUCAGUCAAGUAAGGUUUUUAUGGAAAAAGUAGAAUUUCCAACUAGAUCAUUACCUAUGUCUGAAUUAGCAAAGGUCAGCUCUGGUUUAUCUUCUUGUUGUUUAUUAGUACGCAGACCCAGACAUAUUCGCAGUAUUUAAAAAAAAAGAAAGAAAGAAAAAACCAGAAAAAAGUUAAUAACAUGAUAUAUAAUCUCAGUGAAAUACCCUGUAUUUUAAUAAGUGAAAAGAAACUUUCUUUAAUGGGCUGAACACGUAUUAAUUUUAUUAAAGAAAGUUGAUCUAUCACUAUAGCUUUUAUAUCAUUUUGAUAUCUGGAUGUAUAAAUUUAACAAUUAUAAAAAAUUAAUAUAA